GUCAGACUUCUGUUGUUUGUGUAUUAAUUUAUUAACAAUGUAUUAAUUUAGAAUUCCAUUAAUCGAUGUUUUUUUUUCAUUUCCAAACUAAGUAAUUUUGAACAGAACUGAAAAUAUAGGACAGUCUUACUAAGUUGCUUUUGUGGUACAAUUACAAUGCAGUCAACUGAAAAACGCAGUAAAUCAGUGGACCUAGCUGCUAUGGAACCGGCAACUAGAGUCAAGCAACUGGCUAAUUACGGAGCUAUGGUCGAAGUUGAUCCAAAUGUCCCGCCAAGGAGGUAUUAUCGGUCAGGCUUAGAGAUGGUGAGAAUGGCGAACGUGUAUUUAGCAGAAGGUAGCCUUGAGAAUGCCUACAUAUUGUAUAUGAAAUUUAUGACAUUAUUUUUGGAGAAAAUAAGAAAACAUCCGGAAUAUAAUGCAGUACCAAUUGAAGUAAAGUCAGUAAACCAAUCUAUGUUAAAAGAGGUGAUGCCAAAGGCUGAAAAACUUAAACAGAAACUGUUAGAACAAUUCAAAAAGGAACACUUGUAUUAUAUAGAAAAUGAGGCAAAAAGACGAAUAGCAGAAGAGGCUAGAAGAAAACAGGAACAGGAUGAUGCAAAGUUGGCGCAGCGCCUUCAGGCUGAUGAGAAUAGACAAGAUGGACAUCCAACUUCACCUCAUUUACUAAAUGCAGAAGAAUGGGCAGUCACUCCAUCUGCCCCGCCAGUGGAUGGAGUGCUAUAUCCUGAUGACUUUGCUUCUGAGCCUCCUCGUGCAACACUCAUACCACCUCCCAGGACACAGCAGCCGGGCACGCCGCUGCUGGGCGCGGUGCGGCUGCGCGCGGUGCGCGUGCCGGCCGCGCUGCUGGCGCGUUUCCUGGCGCUCGCCGCCGCCAACACGGCGCGCAACGUGGAGCUGUGCGGCAUCCUUGCCGGUAUACUGGAACGCGACCAGCUAAAGAUAACUCACGUGGUCGUACCGAAGCAAACGGGCACAGCGGACUCGUGCAGCACCAACAAUGAGGAGGAGAUCUUCCACUACCAGGAUCAACACAACCUCAUCACACUCGGUUGGAUACAUACGCAUCCCACCCAAACUGCAUUCCUGUCAUCAGUAGACCUUCACACGCAGUGCUCUUAUCAGCUGAUGAUGCCUGAAGCAAUAGCCAUUGUCUGCGCGCCCAAAUAUAAUGAAACUGGUUACUUCGCGCUCACGCCGGAGUACGGCAUGCAAUAUAUUGCCAACUGUCGGCAGUCUGGCUUCCACCCGCAUCCCAACGACCCCCCACUCUUCUAUACGGUUUCACACAUAAGCAUAGACAACACGGCGCCUGUGGAGAUGGUGGACCUGAGAAGAUGAGCUUUCGUAGCUUAUGUCGAUUGCAGUAUUUUUAUACGGGGAAUAUCAGAUAUAUUAGUGUAGAAUCUAUGUACACACGCUACCGUAAGCUACUAAACCGUGUCUUCACUAAGUGUUUAGUUAAUUUCAUAAAAUGAAUUCUAAAUUAUACUAAUAUUUAUUUAUUGAAUACAAGCAAGAAGAUGUGAUAUCAACAAUUUGAUAGUUCAAUGAUAGUGUACAGAGACGGUCCAGUGUAUAAAGGUCAUGAUCUCAAUUGAAAUAUGCGGAUAUAAAUCUAGGUUAGACUUAUUUUUGCUUUUGUCAACUCAAUUUGCAUUUUACCUCGUUUGUUUUUUAAAAAUAAAAACAUAGCAAGGAAUGAAGAAUCAUAUGACGUGUGUUGUCAUAAAUCCGUUUUAAAAGUUCGUAGGGAAUUAAGUUUUAAUUUAUAGGUAGAGGUAGAGGUCUGUAGCGGCCCAGCACUCGCAGUACUAUUGUAUAGUCAACAUUCAAAUUAUGUUUUUUUUUUUAUAUUUAAACUUCCAGAAAUUAUAUAUUUAUGAUUGUUGUGUUAUAAGUGAUUAUAAAUAUAAUAUUAUUAAAUAAAAAAAUUAUAUAAAAAUGUUACUCAAAAUUGAAUCUUUAUUUUUUUUUCUAUUUGCUAAUAUCUGUUAUUAUAAUUAACAAUCUCAAGCGAGGGUCUAGUUAGCGAGACUGAUUCGUAACUUACUGUAAAUGUUAUUGUAAAGUACAUGUCACACCUGCGCUAUUGCUAGUGACAUUGAUAACGACAAUGUGACUACACCGUCAUCGUUCGCAAGAUAAUUUUGGUGAUAUAAUAUUUUUCAAAAAUUAUAAGCUCGCUAUUACUAUAUAUAUAUAUUACUAGUUAAUAUUUACUUACUAGUAUAUAUAUAUAUAUAUAUAUAUAUAUAUUAUUAUUAUUAUUAGUAAUAUACAUUUACCAAGUAUUAACAGUAUAUAUAACUGUAUUUAUUUUAUAUAUUAUUGUAUGUGUAAAGUAUGUAUUUAGGUAUGGUUUAAAUAAAAUCGCACCGCCGACUUUGUGAUAAUGUUAAUGCCUCUUCAACCUAUCAACGAAUAUAUCUUAUCGCUAAGUUUCUCUCAGCAGGAUUAAUGAGACUAUGAGCGUAAUGAGGAUACGGUAAACAGUUCGAAAGGCUGACUAAAAUUAGCGUUUUAUAUCAAUGUCUAUGUACAGUAGUGAACACAUACCCACACAGCCCCUCUCUUUAUCCAUAAACCCCUAUAAUAAUUAAAAAUUCAUCACCUUUCCUUAGCCAAGUCUUCGCUAUGUAGUGGGUCCUUAAUUUAUUCCUAUAAUUGUUCCGUAAAGCAUUUCAUAGCGUUCAUAUUCAUUAGCAAAGUACUGCCGAUACUAGAUACUAGAUUAUAUUCGAUCAUAUUUGUACUUUAGACGGUUUUAUCAGAAUAUUUUCAGAUGUUCUCUUCAACGAAAAUUCGCAACAUAUACCGAAAUAUAAAUAUUUUUCUAACGUUUAUAUGAAAAGGUAUUUUCAUUGUAGUGAGUCAAAGAUAUGCUUUCCAGUACAAAAUUGUAACUAAACCAUUGUAUAAUAGUUAAGAUACCGUAUACAACGACCGAUGAAUUUUGACACAUUUACCAUGUCUCGUAAUUGUACCAUCCGUUUUGUUUUUUAUUAUGUAUGUCGCUGAUUGCGUCUAUGGUAUUUUGUUAAGAAAUUCUCUUCAAAAGCCUGGAGUGAUGUUGGCAGUGUUGCUGUCCAUGCCUUGGAAUGGGUCUGAUUGCUGUGUAAUCAAGAUAUUUUGUUAAGCAAUCACGUCCAUAUUUUUAAUUCAUCUGCAUUUUUUUGCAAUAUUGCUUAUAAACGUUAAUUAUCAGACAGUGGAAAAAUGUUUCCUAUUUGCAGCCAUAUUAGUGUAGUUAUACGAUAGUGUGCAAUACUUCUAAACCACCUCUUCAAGACUGAAUGGACAAGAUAACGUAGCAACGUUAUAUGAUUUUAAAUUCAUGUUUAAAUGUUAUAGUAGGUCAUAUUUUGCUUUUGAUUAAGUCUCUCUUUGUAAAAAUAUUGAGUUUUAUGAUUAUGUUUGUUAAUUUGUUUUGCAUCAAUUCACGCGUAUUUUGUUUUAGAAGACACUUAAGUUUAUUCACCAUUCUUGAAAAUAGAAAUAGGUUCAUUUGUAUGUUAAUCGUGUGGUACACUGACAAGGGCGUCGUAAUGAAAUGUUUGUUACAUAUUGAUCUUAUGUAAGUGUGAUUUGUACGGACCAAUGUAAAUAAAGGCAUUUUAUUUAA